CGGGAAUCCACCAUCGCUCUCGCCCGGCCGACUCGCUCACUCACUGUUCUUCUUCUAUCGACCCAUCUCUCGAGAUCUCUCUAUCCGAGCUCUCUGUCUCUCUCCUGACGUCUUCACGCUUCAACCUCAUAUCGAAAGCUGCUAGCGCUUCUCACCCCUGGCCCUUCCCAUCCCCGUCGCCUCACCCGCCGACCCACAGAGGCCCCCAGCCCGCAUGUCGGAAGUCGAGCGCGCGGCCAAGAGGCCGAAGCGCACGUACCGCGCAUGCUACCCUUGUCGAUCUCGGAAACUCAAGUGCAGCUUCGGCGACCCCAACAAGCCUUGGGAUGGCCCUUGCGAACGCUGUAUGCGCGAGCAGCGAGAAUGUGAGCGUGCAAAGCCAACCUUUGUACGCGCUCCUGCACCACGCAAAUCCGACGUAAGCCCGGGCAACGAUGUCGUCCUUCCCCAGGCAACCAGCUCCCACGGCGAGAACACGGCAUAUCGCAAGCGGCCCGCAAGCGCUCCUCGAUGGGAAGAAGGCCCCGAGUCUCGCACUACGCUCGGAGUUGGGAAAGAUCCUGGGAGCAGCGACGAUGAAGAUGAGCGCCAGGGCGACGAUGCGCUUGUUUCGUCAAACCUCCAGAAUCCGUCGGACGCGCUGCGUCUCCUUGCCAAUGCCAGCAGCCUGCCAUAUCACUCCCUCAACUCGGCAUAUCCCGCCAAGGCGCGAGAUGUUGGGCCGGCUGGUAACAACGUCUCAACAUGGACUUCAUGGGGUCCGAUCCAGCAAGGUCUUCUUAACGUGCAGGAUGCCCGCGCACUCUUCUCGUUCUUUGAGCUUGAGAUGGCUCCCCUAUACCCGCUCAUCCACCCCAUGCUCUUCGAGCCACACUACCUUGACACCCUCGUGCGCGACGAGGCACUACUGCUCGGCACCAUCCUAACCAUUGCCGCACGGUAUUCAAACGUCCUGGCCGACAACCGUGGCGCAAUCUUGCACAAGAAGCUCUGCCAGUGGGUGCGCCUUCAGUUUAUGCGUGUGAUGGACGGAGACUCGGCACUGCGUUCCAUCAGUACCGUCGAGGCGCUGCUGCUGCUGAGCGAGUGGCCCAUGCUACCUAUGAACCAUCAGCUCGAGGGUAACAACGAGCCGGAGACAGAGGAGUUUUUGCUUCUCAAGCCGAGCCUGCGGUACGACGCAUACUCAUGGAGCAACAUCGGCUGGGCUGUGCGGCUGGCGCAGGAGCUUGGUAUUCAUGAUAUUGCCACGGGAAAGUCACAACAGAACCUAGAAUUGUGGAAGACGGAGCGCAUGCUCAAGACUUGGGUUUAUUGCUAUAAUGCCGACCGACACAUUUCCGUACGACUCGGGCGGAACGCUGUCCUCCAGCAGUCCAUGACCUCGCGCUGGUGGGAAGACUUGUCGGACCAUGUGCAUCGUAAGGAUCGCGAUGGGUCUAAUGACGUCUGGACCUCGGACUUGUUUAUGCUUGCGUGUAUUGCCCAGCUCAUGGGCACUGUUCAGGAUCACUUGUACAUCCACAAGGAUGUCACGAGGAGUCUUCUUCGCACCGGAGCAUGGGAGUCGUUCCUGCAGCGCCUGCGCUUGGAGAUUCGUUAUUCCAAGAGCGCUUGUCAGACGAAGCUUAGUGAUGGAACUGUCGACUCAGCACUGCUGCGCAUUGAGUUUGACUAUCUUGUGCUCUAUGCCUACUCCUUAACCCUCCGAGCGCUGCAGGGCAAGCUACGCCGCAGACGCCAGGUCAACGAUCUGCACUAUCUGUCUCCCUCCUUGCUCAACAUGGUCGAGGGGCCAUGGAUCAUGGAGGCCUUGCAAGCCGCACGCUCCAUUAUCGACAUCACGCUCAACGUUCUGGAGAAGAGAAACAUUUUGCGAGUCUGUCCCUCGCGGAUCUUUCAGUACAUCCUCUUUGCCGCCACCUUCAUGUACAAGGCACUCGCCACUGGAAUGGUCGAGUACGGCCAGCAAAGCACAGUGUCACAACUUGAGAAGGUCGUGCGUGCGCUGAGUCACGCCUCAAUCGACGACCAGCAUUUCCUGCGGGGCUUUGCCGGUCUACUAAGCCGACUAGGCAAGCACUGGCACGCUGGAGGCCCGCCGCAGAGCGACUCCCCGUCUGUCCUCAACCCCGCUCACGCCAAGACCGGCCUCUCUCCGACCGCCCGCGUCGAGGGCUCAUCGCUUACGCCCAACCUCGAGGCGUUGCUUGCGAGCACCGUUACAACCGCAGACCCACUCGGGACGGCGCAGCCACUUGCAGAUUUUGCAGCGAUGGGUGACCUCAGCUGGAACUGGGACCCCACUUUCCAGAUGCCAGCCGCGGAUCAUGAGCAAGACAUGCUGUUUGAGUCCAUCUGGGGACAAGGGGCAGAAGAUGCCAGUGGCUCAGCGUCCAAUCUUUACGCCACGCUUCUAGGCGAUGCGCUCGCCUUCCCAGAAGGCCUUGAUGGCUCGUAGGAUAUCACGCUCACGCUUGCUUCAUAUGUUAAUUAGCUUUUCGCUAUGGAUUGUACUUCUACCAACGGACUUGUGCCAUGGAUAACCUUGCGG